AUGUUUGAGAUGAAGAGAGCAAUUGACGCUUUAGUUGUUUUAGCUGGUAAGGUUUCAGAAUAUAACGCAAAAAUGAACCCGCAAUGUUCUAAAUGUAAAGCAGCAAUGAGGAAAUAUAACUACUCCGUCAAAGAGAUAGAAAGAAUGAGAAACGACUAUGCAGAUUUAAAGAAAGAAGCAGAGAAGCCGGUAGAAAAUAAAAUGGACAUGUUGACAUUUCUGAACAAAAACUAUCCAACUGCUGACGAUUUCCUUCUAUCUGACGUCAAGAAGAAGUAUAAAGAAACUUUCGGUAUCGUUAAAACAUUCGAUGUACUAAAAGAAGAAAUAGAAGCUACGAAACUGUUUAAGAUUUCAAAUAUACAUCGUACAAUUCAUGUAAAACGCUCAUGA